CAGCUGUAAAGCAGAGGUAAUGAGAACAGAACACACAGGAAGCGGUUUACGUGCAAAAAAUUAAAUUGACCGAAAAUAAGUUUCAUGGUUAGACUGGUCCUGUCAUAAGAAAGCAGAGUUGUGAAGGCAACGCCACUCUUUUAGCAAAUUUAUCAACUAUAGAUUAACGUGACGACGUGACGAAGAACAUUGCCAGCCAACCUUUUGCUUCGGUGCGGGGAGUUUUACCUACAGUCGCCAACUUAAGUUAACGAAGAACAAGCACCCAGAUUUAAUUCAUCGCCAGGUUCCCUUUGUCCGCUGAACUUGGAGUGCAGGUCCGCCCAUGGCACAUUUGGAAGAAGUCUCUCCGGUUCUGAACAAAACCAUCACUUCAGAAACUGUAAACAAUCUCACAACGGCUGACUGCAACUUUACCUCAGAAGGCUUCACAAUCUUUAAGACUAUUGCCUGCAUAUUAAUUUUUGCAAUUGGGAUCAUUCUCAACAGUCUCGCCUUCUGGGUGUACUUCUGCCAUAUUCCCAAUACCAACGCCAUCAUCUUCUACCUGAAGAACCUAGUCAUAGCUGACAGCUUACUGGUCCUUUCUCUGCCGAUAAAGAUCCUCAAAGACAAUAGACCCUCUGCGAACCUGAACAAGGCAUACUGCAGCUUCAUUGCAUGCAUAUUCUAUUUAAACAUGUACUCCAGUGUUUUCUUUCUGGCUUACAUCGCAGCCACAAGGUACCUGAAGAUCGUCAGACCUCUGAGGAAUUACGCAUUUCGAAACCUAAAGACAGCUAAGCGCCUCUCUUUGGGAACCUGGAGUAUACUCCUGCUUCUUGCAAUACUGUUUGCAAUUUUGAUAAACAAGGAUAACAAGCCAAAGUUAUCAAACUCUCCAAUUUGUUUGCGAGAUGGAGUGGGACAGAGGGCGAUAUACUUCUUUGCCCACACGGCUGGCUUGGUCAUGUUCUUUGUUGUGUUAGCAGGCAUUUGUUAUUGUUACUUACAGAUCUCAACUCAGCUCCACUUAUUGCCCUCAUCGCCAUCUCUAAAGAAGCAAACCAAGGCAAAGAACAACAUUCUAAUCCUGCUCGUGGUGUUCUUCAUUUGCUUUGUACCCUACCACAUCAUAAAGCUUCCGUACAUAUUGAGCCAGACAGAAUUGAUUUCAGACUGCUACUGGCAAAGGGUUUUAUACUAUGCUAAGGAAUCUUCCCUCUUACUGUCAACGCUAAAUGCUUGCUUUGAUCCAGUGAUCUACUUUCUAUUUUGCAAGGCAUUCAGGUCAAAGUUAGGACUGGAUAAAAGAGCUUUGGAGCCUAACGAAAUUAGCGUGCCUGCCAAUGCCUCACAAGUUAUGCUCGAUUGACCCACAUAGACUGCAACAUCAACAGCAAGAGGUUGCAAAUCUUAGCCCAACGGAGAGAAUUAUGAUGUGUGGCGCAGAGUUGCCUCACUGCUUUUAAUCCACCUUUCUCGUGGUGUUUGCACGUUCUUGCCGUGACUAUGUAUGUUGCUCCCAACACCCUGCAGGUUGGAGGGUUAAUUGGCCACUGGAAAUUUUCCUAGCUGUGUAGGUAAGAGUUUGCAUCCCUGGAGAGUAGAAAGGAAUGUGGAGAGAGCAAAAUAGGAUUCGUAUCAAAUGGGAACUUGUAGAUUCAGUGUCAAUGGGAGUGUGUAAAUUUAAUUAAUUUAAAUUUAAUAAAAUUAGUACAUUUAAAAUAAAAUAAAUGUUAUGAAUAAAUAAUUUUUUAUAAAUUUAGUACAAUUACAUAUUGAAUCAAAUUUUAUAAAUUUAGUAAAACUAAUUUAAAAAUAAAAUAAUUUAUUGUAAAUUUAUUCAAAUUACAUUUUAAAUAAAAUUUUAUAAAUUUAGUAAAUUCAAUAAAUAUAGUAUAUAGUGUAAAAUGUACAUCUGUAGAUUCAGUGUAAAAGGAUUUGUGUAAAUGGGAUUUUGAAGAUUCAGUGAGCGUUUUCCAUGCUGUAUCACUCUGCAUGUUUGCUCUGGAACAAUUAAAUAUAUAUUCACGGGAGACUAGACACAAAUUGGCCAGUCAUAGGUCAAAUCAAACAACAUAACCCCUCACCAAACUUUCAAUCAGGUGAGAGAGGGUGGUGACAUUUUGGGUCGGGACUCAUCACUGCCUAACCCGAUGAGCUACUCCAGCCCUUUGUGUCUUCUUUCAAUCAGGUGAAUAAGAUACAUAAAAAGAAAAAUAAAUAGAAUGUGUCAGAAAACUUAUCUCACUAGUCAGAAAACUUAUCUCAGCUCUUGCUCACAAAUUUGAGAUAAACAUUAAUUUAAAGCUCAUAAAAAACAUAGUAAUGUCUUUUUUUAAACCCAAUAACUGGAAAAAUAAAGUUAUGGUUUCCCUGGCAUUCCACUGUAAUUUACAUUUGUC